AUGCUUCUCCUCAAAGACCCCAAAUCAUACAUACUGUUUGUGAUGAUCUCAAUCAAUGGGUUUGGGCAGAUCUUCUGUGCUCGUGCCCAAGCACUCUCUUAUCUCUGCUCCAAUGACAUAGUCAACUCCAAUUACAUAGAUGACUGCACUUCCCUCUUGGACUCUUUAUCCAGAGCAACCUCCAUGGACUUCUACAAUGAGACUUUCAAUCAUAUUCAUGGUCUCUUCCUUUGCAGAGGCAACGUUAACGCCUCUAUUUGCCGGAAUUGUGUCACUGGUGGCGGAGAAGAGAUCAUCAGGCAUAUUGCAGGAAAUGGAGGAUUGAAGAACACAAUAAAAAUAGCAGUCAUCACAGUAUCAACAACAGAAGGUGUAGCCGUGUAA